UAUCGCUGAACUCAUUUUACUUAAGCUGCAUUAAGAUUCAUGGCCUGAAACUGUAAACAAAGAAGUUUAAAUUGAGGCUUUACAAUUGGAUUAUGUUCUUACGAAUUUCGUAAAAGCGUAAAGAAUACUUAAGCUGGGGAUGAUGAACUUUUGUUCCUAAAUACUCUUUUUGUUUCCAGAUUAUGGAUCGGACUACAGAGGGCCGGAGCUAUCAUUAGGUGAAAAUUGAAGGUGACAAAAUGCUGCACAGAACUUCAUCGUCCAGGCGACGGCGUGCCUCGCGCAGUGCCGCCACGUCACCGCAGGCGAGGUCUCCGAGAGCUUCAGCACAGCACUCGAGAAGAGCCUCACUAGCCGCGACAGAAACGGACGAGGAAAUGGAACCAACCCCGCCGCCACAGAGAAGCCCCCGCGCAAGCCUGGCACCAGACGCCGCGCUGGACUACCACCGCAGUCCGAGACAUUCUCUAGUGCCUGAAGUUAGAUCAGCCAGGAACUCCAUUACACCAGAUACCGCUUUACACCCAAGGAACAGCUUAGCGCCAUCUAGGAACAACUUAGCGGUUGAUAUGAACUAUGGUUCAAGACUAAGUUUAAAUCCUCAAGACUUUAACAGGAGUCCUAGAAACAGUAUUACACCUGAUGCUAACGCCAGGAGUCCGCGACGCAGUCUGGUACCUGAGGGUACAUCGUGGAAUCAGCCAAGAAAUUCAUUGGUGCCAGAUGUUGGUAGAAGUCCGCGACACUCAGUAGCAAGUAUUCAAAUUGACCCAGCGCGUAGUCAAAAGGACUUAGGGCCAAGUCCACGCACAAGUCCAAGGGGAAGCGUAGGACCAGAAGCAACCUUAAAGAAGGAAAUUCAAGAGAUGAACAGAAGUCCGCGAGGUUCUUUAAUCCCCGAUUCACAAAGAAGCCCUCGUGGUAGUAUUGCACCUUCAGAACGAAGUGCAAGAGGUAGCCUGGUGGCAACAGAGGGUGAGGCAAACAGAGUGAGCCCGAGAGGAAGCUUGACUUUAACAUUUCAAGAGCCUUUAGUUUCGAGGGAAAGGCGACCGAGCGAAGACAGUCAAACGGCGGCUACUCGCGGCAGGAGCGUGUCUCCAUACCGCGCUUCGCUGGCUGGCCGGCAGAGCGGGACGGGUAUACCCUCCGAUACCGGCUCGCGUCGAGCCUCAAGCUCAGUAAGUCAGGUAUCCGGUGAUGAACAACGCCGUCUUUGCGGUGAGCAGGCCAAAUACAGCGACAGGACUGGCCUAGGCAUCGGCAUGGGCCUGACGACGUACGGCUCUGUGGCCUACCAGCUGAAGGAUGCAAAUAUGGAGGCCUCAGGGACCGUGGACUUUGUUUGCAGAGCUGCCAAGAUUAUGAAUAGGACCAUUGUCAUGACCGUGUUCCUCGCCUUCCUCUCGACUCUGCCGGUUAUUAUGCUGAUUAUGGGUGUCCACUACAUCCGCGACUGCCCCGCCCAGCCCAGGAUCCCAGUCUACAUGGUGGUGGGGGGUGCUGCCGGGGGAGCUGGUAUAUGCUGGCUGCUGUGGGCACAGCUCGCCAGUAGAAACUCUAACUCCUCAGCCAGCGUGCCUGAAAGAAUCCUCGCGUAUUUACUCACCAUAUUCCUGUUAUCAUGGUUUGCAUUUGGCAACUACUGGACUUUGGGCAUCAUGUGGCCGGACUACGCCCCGACACUGUUUGAGCCCAACCAGUGGUGUCAUCGCACACUAUACGUGUUCGCGCUCACCCAGCUCGGGGUCGUGUGGGGCCUCAUCGCCCUCCUCCUACUACUUCUCCUAGCUCUCGUCGUUUGUCAGGUAUUCGGCUGCGGCUGGCUGGGUCCGCCUAGAUAUAAGUAG